AUUUAAAUCAGUAUGUCCAGAUCAAGCUUUUCCCACAAGAAAGGGAACUCUGGAGGCACUUUUAUUAGCACUUUGAAGAACUGUGAUAACAAUUUCAGUGGUCAGAACAUAGAGAAAGCAGAUACCAGCACAUUGAUAAAGCUAAUAGCAAAUCUAGAAAAGAAGAAAAAGACAAAGAAGAAUUCUAAAUAACUUAUCCAAGGCUUAUCUGAAAUCCUCAAAAGCUCAGAUCUCUCUGCAGCACUCUAAAGAUGAAUGGACAAAGAAUAUUUUUAACAAACCAAAGCCAAAGCGACAGAAAUACUUAAAGGAGUACAAAAGAAGCAAGAAUAGCAUGCUUAAGUGCCAGAAUAUAAGUGUGCAUAAGAAGAACAGGCAUUCUCGGAGCUUUGUCAUAAACAUUUCUCCUAAAGUCAUUACCAGAGCGGAAAGGAUGCUUAACCAAAGCUCUGAUCAUUCCAGGCCAAGAGCCCGCUCAUGCAGCAGGAGCAAUUACAGCUUUACUUGUGGUAAAUUUGUUGACACUGAUUAUGACAAGGAAAUCCAGAAGUUAAAAGCUAAGCAUCGCAGAGAUAUGAUGUACGUAAAGAAAAACAUGAACAGGAAGUUCAAGCGAACUAUUAAGCAGAUCGAAAUCCAGACUGACAAGAGGUUCAUCGAGCAAGAGCAAAACCACAAGAAAGCAGUACUCAAGAUCACUAAGGACUGGGAAGAAGAGAGAGAAGAACUGGAUCGUAAGGUCACUGAAUUUGGUCAAGAGAAUAAGUUCCUUAAAAAUGAGCUCAGAGAGUAUAAAGAAUCUCAUGACGAUAUGAUCAAGGAGAUUGAAAGACUCAAAAAGAUUAUCAAUAGUUUGGAAGAUGAAAAUGAUGCAUUCAAACAGCAUAUACACUCACAAAUGAUUAUGGAAAAUGAAAAGAGACAAAAUAUGUGUGAGGAGUGAUUACAGACUGAUAUUCUAAUCUCUGCUAGAUACUCAAACAAAGGAGUUGGACAGUCGAUUAAGUCUUCAAUCUCUCAUAACAAUUUGAGGCAGGAUUCUUUCCCUAACUUUGUAACCCUAGAGCCGAUCCUGCAUAACAAGUCAAUUCAUGUAUCAUCCGCUCGUGAUUUAGAGCCUGUAAAUGAUCGGAUUCAUUCUCAAUGAGAUAGCAAGGCAUCAUUUAUCGGGAAGCCUACUUUCACAAAGAGUGGACAGUUCAAUAAUUUUUCAACAUUUGACAACUUAAACAUGAACAAGAGGAGACAUUAUUCUAAGAACAGGACUAAGUUAUGUCAGAGCCAGGAAGAUUAUAAGAGUCCUAUUUGCUUAGAUGUUUCUGACCACAAAAAUUCAAUAAAUACCAAGAAGUCCUCUCAAGCAUAUGAACAUAAUGAUGGCAGUGCAAGGAAUAUGUGUGAUUGUGAGUGAGAUAAUGAUAACCAAAGAGUUUCUGAUAUUAGAUCUCACUCCAGGAUCUCUGUUUGUAGUAAAAAGGAGGGAACAGGAGAUUUUACCCCUACCCAGAUCGCAAGAGAACCAUUGGCAGAUGUUACUAAUUAUUAUAAUUCUGUGAUUAUUGAUAAGUCUGAUAAUGAUGACGCUAUUGAAGAUCAUCCACCCUCCCAAAAUUUAUUGGCCAGUCAGCCAGAAGAUGAUUAUACUCAUGGUUCUAAGUCUAAUUUUGAAGGGAUUAGAGAAGAAAUAUCAAGAAGAAAAGAGUAUCUAUCUCUUAGUGUCCAAGAGCCCUCCAAAAAGCAGCAAUCCUUCAUAAAACCAAGCAGGUUUACCAUUACUAAAGUUGAGAGAGCUAUGAGUAAUGAAAAUAGAAACCACGAUAACUCAAAUGAAAGAUACCGGACUCCUAUUAGAAGAAGUUUGAAUUUCAAGACCCAAGAUUCUCAUUACAGGACCAAAUCUGACCCAUACAGAAGCAACAAGCGAGACAGGACAUCCGGGUCACGUCCAAGGGACUCUAUCAAAGACUUUAAGAACAAACUUGAAGGUAUGAAAGAAAACAUCAAGCACAUUCAGAACAAAGUGGGCUAUCUCAGAAGAUUCUAGGCAUAUUUCC